AUGGCACUGCAAGGCGUGGAGCAAACGAUCCUUAGGGAUCCGGCUCUAUUCUACUGGAUCCUGAUUCCCAUUACUGUGGUCAUGAUAUUGACUGGUAUGCUCCGUCAUUACGCGACGGUUUUGAUGAACACUCCUCCAAAGCCUGCCGCAACUUUGGCUGAAUCUCGCGAGCGCCUCACCCUCCUGCGUGCCGUCAACCUACGUAACCAUGCCUCGGCUGUUCUCUCCAAAGAGUCCUUUGAGAUGCGAAAGAACUACCUUGUUACUGGAUUCCAGAACGGGGCUUUCCUCAAAGACCCCAAUGGUCGCGGACAACCCCCCGCUAACCCGAUGACGGAUCCCGCCGCUAUGGAGGGCAUGAUGGGGAUGAUGAAGGGGAACAUGAUGAUGAUGAUUCCGCAAACGCUAAUUAUGAGCUGGAUCAACGCUUUCUUCUCGGGAUUCGUUAUCUUGAAACUUCCCUUCCCUCUUACCAUCCGCUUCAAGUCCAUGCUGCAGUCCGGUGUCAUGACCCGUGAUCUGGAUGUGAGAUGGGUAUCUAGUCUCUCAUGGUACUUCCUGAAUUUGUUUGGUCUUCAAGGUGUUUUUGGAUUUAUUCUCGGUAGUGAUAAUGCUGCCAACCAUAUGGCCCAACAGAUGGGUCCCAUGAACCCUGCUGCGGGGGCGAACCCUUUCCAGCCUGGACAGGAUCCGCAUAAAAUGUAUCUGAAUGAGGCGGAGAACUUGGAGGUGUUUGAGCACUUCUGUAUUUUGGACGGUAUUGAGGAGAGGGUCCUGCGCAAGUAUGGUGCCGGCGAAGCGUAA